AUGACUUGGUGCAAUGAGUCUGAUGUUAAUCAUCACAUAAAGCUCAAUGAAGAAUUUCAAACCAUAAAAUGCCCCUCAUGUGACCAUGAUAUUGAAGUGAAAAAUCAGGGUGGAAUUCAUGAUUUGCCUGGUUUACCAGCUGGAGUGAAAUUUGAUCCAAAUGACAUAGAAAUAUUAGAGCAUUUAGAGGCAAAAGUGAUGUCUGAUGUGUGCAAGAUUCAUCCACUUAUUGAUGAGUUCAUCCCAACACUUCAAGGAGAAAACGGAAUUUGUUAUACACAUCCAGAAAAACUACCAGGAGUUAGCAAAGAUGGACAAAUCCGUCACUUUUUUCAUAGGCCUUCUAAAGCAUACACAACAGGAACAAGGAAAAGAAGAAAGGUUCACACUGAUGAAGAAGGAGGUGAAACAAGAUGGCACAAAACAGGAAAAACUAGGGCAGUUUAUGUUAAUGGUAUCGUCAAGGGUUUUAAAAAGAUACUAGUUCUCUACACAAACUAUAGCAGGCAGGGAAAACCAGAGAAGACUAAUUGGGUGAUGCAUCAAUACCAUCUUGGUAGUAAUGAAGAAGAAAGAGAAGGAGAAUUAGUUGCUUCAAAGGUGUUCUACCAAACACAACCAAGACAAAGUGGUAACUCCAUUAGUGUAAGAGAUUCAUAUGACAAAAUAAUAAGCAAAGGAAGUGGACAUAGUAAUAGUACAACACCUAAGAAUUUAGGUCUUGUGGAAUGCUACAAUGCUUCUUAUACAAAUUAUGAGCAUGUUCAAGGUGAUCAUGGAUCUAUGAUUUGCUUGGCAAUGGAUGCAAACAAAGUAUGA